AUGCAGAGAAUUGUGUGGCCUACCAGCUGGUUCUGGGCAACUGACCCGUUUACGACAGCUAGGUUUGUUUGUUAUAGGAGACAGUAUUAUGCUUGCAAGGAUCUCUGAGCUUGAAAAUCUUGACAAGUUAAAUGGUGAAUUAGGAAUUAAAAAAUUAAAAAUGUGAAGGAUCCAGGUGAUGCAGAAAAGGUUCGUUUGAAGGAAAAGAAUGGCAUACAUCAAUUGUCAUUGGAUUGGUACUCAAAGUCAAAGGGCGAACGGGAUUUUGUUGAAGUAAGAACAGAAGAAGAGUUAUUAUCAGAUAUGGAGAAGGACCUGCAUUUGCUCAACUUUCUUGAACCACCUUCAGAAAUUAAGGUGCUGAGAAUUAGCGGUUAUCGGGGUUUGCAGUUGCCAAAUUGGAUGAUGAAAAUGGAUAUGGUAAAUCUGAGCAACCCACCUCGAUUCUCCCAUCUGACUAAGCUAGUGCUGGAAAACCUACCGAACUUGGUGGAGUUGCUUACUACCACAACCGGUUUAGCAAAUGGGGAUGAAGAAGAUGAAGUAAAAUACUAUUUCCCUCACCUUUCUAUUCUGGAAAUAAGUGAUUGCCCGAACUUGAAUGUGAAGCCAUACUUUUCACCGUCUUUGCGGAGUUUAACAUUGGAAGGAAGCAAUGAGCAGUUGAUGUUCUUCCAUCCGCAUCAUGCUCAUGCCGAUGAGUCUUCCUCUUGCUCCUGUAUUGUGGAUGUGAGGUGUCCUGAGCUCACGGCACUAAAACUUCGUCGAGUGGUAGGAUCAUCAUCUGGUUGGGAGGUGCUGCAGCAACUCACUUGUCUUCGUAGUUUGGAAAUCUCUGGGUGCAACGACCUGAGGCAAUUGCCUGAGAGCAUGCGGGGCCUCACCAACCUCCGUAGACUGCAGCUGCAACAUUGCAAUAAUCUUUGCAUGAUGCCAGAGUGGCUUGGGGAACUGCAGUCUCUGGAGGCUUUGUUUAUUCAGUGUCUCCCAUCAAUGUCCUUCCUCCCUGACUCAAUACAGCACCUCACAUCCCUCCAAAGCCUCACGAUAAGUCACUGCAAUGCCUUCCACCAGCUGCCUGAGCAACUCGGGGAACUCUGCUCUCUCAGUGAACUUCAAAUAUUGAGCUUACCUGCCCUGACUUACCUUCCCGACAGCAUGCAGCGCCUCACCUCACUUCGACUUCUCAACUUGUAUCAUUGUAAUGCGUUGACCCAGCUUCCAGAGUGGCUAGGUGAACUCUCCGCACUUCGACAAUUCUGGAUCCAGGACUGCCCUGGCCUUACAUCCUUGCCCCACUCCAUGCGACGCCUUACCACACUAGAGGCAUUGAUGAUAAGAAGCUGUCCCGAGCUGGUUAGGCGUUGCAAGGAAGGAGUGGGUGAGGAUUGGCACCUUGUCUCCCAUAUUCCAGAUUUGGAUCUGCAGUAAUAGUGGGCUUCAGGAUCAGCACAUCAUUCUACGGCAGACAAGUAUGGCCAGAAAAUCGAAUUACAUGGAAAGCAGUUGUUCCGAUGCUACAAACUGGGCAAUGUUUUGCCGGGAAUCAAGCUUGGAAUUGAUGGAAACAUACAUUGCGUGUUUGUGGAGCUGACCGGGCGAUAUAAUGGCAGAUGCAAUCCACCGUUGAUAUGCCUCUGAAGAAUAUCAAGACCGUUAGCUGGGAGGGAUGUUGGAGGGUUCACAAGGCAAAGCGGUUCGAAGAGCAGGGAUGUUGGAAGCUUUUCAGUUUUAUAGGCAGUACGUGCAUGUUCGCUGGUACCGUUUUCUGUCUCGAUCUCCUGUGUACUGUGUACAGCUAGUGCAGCUGUCCUUUGAAAUCAUGUUAUUCGUAUAUACUGAGUAAGUUUGUAAUAUUGGUUUGUGAUGGCUCACUAUCUGACCGGAGAUGUGGCUUUACCACGAUCGUUUGUUUAUAUCACUUCAACUAUGCCACAUUAAUUGUACAUCAGGGCGUGCUCUCUUCAUCCAUAAAUAUUUGGGAUUUUUUU